AUGCAGAAACGUGCAAAUGAGAAGGCUGCAUUUUCUGUGAAGAGGUGUCAGGAGCUGGCAUUUGAGUGCGGUGUUCAGCAAACGGUUGACUCUGUCUAUGCUAUGUCCAAGAUGUUCGAAACGGAGUACCAAAGGGAGUUCUUUUGUGGCCAAUUAACUCCUGAGCUUAGGUUGGGUUACUUCAAGAAAUGGUGCAGAGACAACAAUUUGGAGUAG